AUGGUAGCACGUGCGGGCCGAAGCCGUUUCUUUGCCUGCCUGGGGCUGCUGAUUGUGAUGGUUGGUUUGGUCACGAUGUUCCACAACUCCCAGCAACAGCUGGACGAGUUGCGGCAGCUCGGAUUACGGUGCGAACAGCAGCAGAAAUCCGUCCAGGCGCAGAUGGAGGUGAUCGUCGAUCAGAAGCUGCGUUUGGAGAACUCGCUCGAAUCGGAACGUAUGAUCAACGAUGCCAAUCGGAAAGAGUUGAAACAGAAGGCGAAGGAGGAAAAGGAAGAACACAGCAAAACCUCGAUGGAGGCGAACAUACGGUACGCUUCCCUACAGCAACAGUGCAAUUUGGUCAAAAGCCAGCUCGGUGAUCUGACGGAAGAGUGCAGCCGGGGCAGGAAACAGCAAUCGGAGGAGAUCAAUUCGCUUCGGCUGAAGGUGUCCGAGCUACAGGGAAAGGUGCAACGAUACAAGCAGGAAUCAGCGAACGAUGCAGAACAUUUGAAGGCCCAAAUAGUACAAUUAAAGAGCGAUAAGCUCAACCUAGAGGCAACGCUACGCCGGCAACUCGGCGAAAAGGAUCAUGUGAUUGAGCAAAUGCGUGAUUUGGCGACAAAGAUGGAAAAAGAAAACGCCCAUUACCUCGAGCAUUGCAAGUUACCGGCGGAACAGCUUCCGAAGCAGCAUCACCGCUACCGGGACGUGCUGGAAGCGCUCUCUAGGGACAAUGCAUUGAAAGCGAACGCACCGGUGCACAGUUUCAACGCGCAGCUUUCCGUGAGUGAUGACUUGUACCGCAUACCGGUAGCAUUAAGGGCCCGGCACUUUGCUACCCAUCCGGGCAACCUUUUCGGUGCCAGCUCCACCACGGUAUCUAUCGGUCUAUCGCCCUCAACCCUCUCUCCCCCUUUCGCCACUAACAAAGGGUCCGGCCUGGGUGUGGGGCUGCCGCAGGUCUCCGAAGAGCAAGAAACGCGCGUCAUUGCAAAUCCGUUCGAGGUCGUACCCCGGGCGGUCGAUGCGAAGCGCAGCGAACGGCACAGCCCAGAAGCGGUGCCGAACACUAACCCCACGAUACAUCCAGCGCUCGAUGGUGGUAUCAUUAAUUCUGUGGAAAAUUUUCAGAUCAUUCCAAAACCUCUGCCAGCGGAGGCCGCACCGGAAGGCGCACCGGCCAACAAUGUGCUGCAGGAACCACAUCUGCUGAAGACUUCCACGUCCGUAUCGACCGGCCACAAGCGAUCGUCAGACCGCAACCUGCAGCUUCCAAUUUUGGCUGCACCAACCGUUCUGCCCGGUCCACCAUCGAUGGAACACUCAAGCAAGCGCACUAACAACGGUGCUGACGGUGGUGGAGGAACUCUGUCCGGUAGCAGCAGCACAACCUCAACUACCACCAACGCGUCGGUACGAAAGGCUGCUGGAGCGGCACCGAACCGUUCGGUUGGAUCAGCGGCACGGAAACCACUGAGCAACCGGCAUACGAAACAGGUCCCCGUUGGAAUCGUUCCAUUCCCCGACAUUAUGCCGGAAUUGGAACAAAACAUCAGCGAAAACAUCCUAGACAAUCGGUACGCCAAUGUGGCCGCAGCUGCAGCCGGAGGAUCGACCGGAGGUGGGCGGCCCAUUGCAGAAGCUGGUGGUGGUGCCAGUUCUGCCGCCAUGUCGAAAAAAGCUUUCGCCGAUAAACAACGCCGACAUGGUGGUGCUGAUUUGAACUUCCUGAACGGUGGUGGAGCAAAUGCUGCGGAUGAUAAUGGUGCGCAUGAAGUGCAGGAUACCGAAAUGAGAGCAAAGCGUCCCGCCGCAAUUGGUGCGGACGGUGAGCGAGGGGCAGACAAUGGGGCACCGGCCGGGGGCGACGAUGAUCAGCUGGCGAUGGGUAACGAAAACAAUCUGAAUGCGGCUGAGGAGGACACCAAUCUGUACGAUAACGCAAACGAUGCCGCAGCAGUCGGCCUUGGAAACAAACCACAGUUCGGUGGCGGUGACCAUCAGCACCAUCUAGAUUACAAUGAUGUGAUGGUGCCGGGGCACGGUAUCGGUCGGCAUAUCGGAUCGAAACGGCGGGAAGGGCCCGCGGGUGCUGGUGGCAUUGAUAGCAAGGGCGUCAUCAUCGAUCGAAUGGGCGAUAAACUUAUCAACGAAAUUGCCCACGAUCACGGCAAGGAAGGAGAUAACUAUCCGAACGAAAUGGAAGAUCUACAUCUGGUGGGAAACGAAGCGGAAGAAGAGGACGUGAGCGAUUAUGAUGAUCCAACGGCACUGAAGCAAGGACAUGCCGAACGUAACUAA